CGCAGUUGCACGCGACCGCGAGUGCACCAGUGCCCUCUGUAAUCAGAUCCGACCUUCAAUCCGAAAGAACGAGACAACUAUAUACAGGUGGUGCAGCGAAGCAUGUGAAGUGGUGCAACCGCACGUCGCUCAUGCGCUGCGAGCAACCGUCAUGGCUUCCCAUAGAUAGUGCCAGGUGGUGAGUGUGGGAGCGCGUGCAGCGGCGGCAUGCGCGUGCUGGUUGCGGCGCUCGCAGCGCUGCUGGCGCGUGCGCUGGCCAGCCCCCACGAGCACCGGGCGAGGCACCACGCCCCCGACCACGCGCCGCACUUCCCCGUCCCCGCGCCACCCCAGCCCUACCGCGGACACGGCGAGGCCGUGCGGUACAACCCCGAGCUCGACACCAUUCUCCCGCGCCAGGACGACCACGAGACCUCGUCCAAACGCGCCAAAUACGAGGACGCCGAGUCCUCCUCCAAGCGAGCCAGCGAAGAACGCUUCUACUCCAACCAUGAAAGGAUCGAGGAACUCAUGGCGGACGAACCCCAACUCGGCCCCGAAACUGACGACCCGCUGAUAGUGCGCACGCGUAAAGGACGCGUCAGAGGCAUCACCCUCACAGCAGCAACCGGGAAACAAGUUGACGCAUGGUUUGGCAUCCCGUAUGCUCAAAAACCCCUCGGAGAUCUCAGAUUCAGACACCCGCGACCUGUAGAAAACUGGGGCGAUGAAAUCCUUAAUACCACAACACUGCCUCACUCAUGCGUCCAAAUAAUUGAUACUGUGUUCGGAGACUUCCCUGGUGCAAUGAUGUGGAACCCCAAUACAGAUAUGCAGGAAGACUGUUUAUAUAUAAAUAUCGUAACACCAAAGCCACGUCCUAAAAACGCAGCAGUUAUGCUGUGGGUAUUUGGUGGAGGUUUUUACUCUGGGACGGCCACCUUGGAUGUGUAUGAUCCUAAAAUCCUUGUAUCUGAGGAAAAUAUUGUAUAUGUGUCGAUGCAGUAUAGAGUUGCGUCACUUGGAUUUUUAUUUUUCGAUACUGCUGAUGUUCCUGGGAACGCUGGAUUAUUUGAUCAACUUAUGGCUCUUCACUGGGUAAAGGAUAACAUAGGUUAUUUUGGUGGCAAUCCUCAUAAUAUAACACUAUUUGGAGAAUCUGCUGGUGCUGUGUCCGUUUCUUUACAUUUGUUGUCACCUCUUUCUAGGAACCUGUUUUCUCAGGCUAUAAUGCAAUCUGGGGCUGCUACAGCUCCUUGGGCUAUUAUUUCGAGAGAGGAGAGUAUUCUGCGUGGCAUGCGAUUGGCUGAAGCAGUUCACUGCCCAAGUUCUAGGUCAGAUUUGGGACCUAUGAUUGACUGUUUAAGAAAAAAGAGUGCUGACGAAUUAGUUAAUAAUGAGUGGGGGACACUUGGCAUUUGCGAGUUUCCAUUUGUACCUAUAAUUGACGGCUCAUUUUUAGAUGAAAUGCCUAGGAAAUCCUUAGUACAUCAAAACUUUAAAAAGACAAAUAUUCUUAUGGGUUCAAAUACAGAGGAAGGUUAUUACUUUAUCCUUUACUAUCUCACUGAAUUAUUCCCAAAAGAAGAAAACGUUGGAAUAACACGAGAGCAGUAUCUUCAGGCUGUCAGAGAAUUAAAUCCUUACGUCAAUGAUGUAGCCAGGCAAGCGAUCGUGUUUGAAUAUACGGAUUGGCUAAAUACAGAGGAUCCUAUAAAGAAUAGAAAUGCUUUAGACAAAAUGGUUGGCGAUUACCACUUUACUUGUGGUGUCAAUGAAUUUGCACAUCGUUACGCUGAAACUGGGAAUAACGUUUAUACCUAUUACUAUAAACAUCGCAGUAAGAAUAACCCGUGGCCAUCUUGGACUGGAGUGAUGCAUGCAGAUGAAAUUAAUUACGUAUUUGGUGAGCCGCUCAAUCCUGGAAAAAACUAUUCGCCGGAAGAAGUUGAAUUUAGCAAACGUUUAAUGAGAUAUUGGGCCAAUUUUGCGAAAACAGGGAACCCGUCUCUGAACUCUAAUGGCGAUAUGACAAAAGUACACUGGCCUGUCCACACGUCGUUUGGUCGAGAAUACCUUUCACUGGCUGUUAAUUCAAGUGCGGUGGGGCAUGGCCUACGCGUCAAGCAAUGCGCCUUUUGGCAAAAGUAUCUGCCUCAACUUAUGAUGGCUACUAGUAAACCAGAGCCACCAAAGAAUUGUACCAACUCUGCAUUAAUCUCUCGACCGUCAUAUAUAGCGGUCUGCUUGGGAAUGUUUUCUGUAGCAACUGUGAGAGCAGCUUCGUUCAAAUUAAAAUGAAUGAUUUAUUUAGCAAUAAUGAUGAUUAUUGGGCUUUUUGAUGUUUGUUUAUUCCGUUCGCUUUUCAAUGCUCCACUGAUGUAAAGAAAAUGUAGAUGGUGGAGAGUUAAUUAGUCACUAUAUUAUGGCCCGCUGUUUUACUAAUGAAUCGUUGACAUAAUAGUUAGGCCAAAUGAAGACCAUUAAUCGUGAGUUUUAUUUUUAUUUCAUGAUAUCUACUUUAACUUCAAAUGAUUUUACAAUAAGUAAAUGAGAUCAUAUUUUUCAGAGUUCAGGAAGUUAACAGUGGGCCUAGUGUUAAAGCAUUUUUGUCCAAUGAAUCAGUGGAAUAUUUUAAAAAUUAUUUUUAUAUGUAUAGUAUUAAAAAAAUAAUUAUGUAUACUUUAGUUGUAAGCCACCUUAAGUGUUAUAUUGCUCUAUAAGUCCAUUAAAUAUUUAUCAAUCUUUGUUUAAGUUUCAUAAUUGAUUGUAAGGAAGGUAAUAUUGUUCAUGAAGUUAAUGUUAUAUGUAUUUUAAAUGGAAGUGAUGCCUCCAUCAACAUAUCACUUGUUAAUAACAAAUUAUAGGAAUACGUAGUGGUUAUUUCGUCUUAGUUGAUAAGACUUUACAUAUCUUACAAGAAUAGGUUAAAAAGGGGUUUGCCAAUGAAAAGAGUAAAUAACAAAAAACAAUAAACGUGAAUGAAAAUCUAAACACAAAACACUUAAAGAGGAAAUGCAUACAAAAAAAAACUUACAAUGGAUUAACAGAUUAAGUAAAUGAGAUACAAAUAAAAUCUUAGCUUUAAAGCGCCUCUAUUGCAAUACAUAUCACGCAAGGCAUAGAAAUGUUUAAGUUCAUUCUAGCCUUAGUGUAAGUUAAGAAUAUAAGCUAGGUCACUUCACAACUCUGUAGCGGACCAAUAUUAGAAAGUUGUACAUGAUAUAUGGUACGAUUCGUAAACCAAUUCUGGAAAGCGGAAGCAAAAGUUAGAACAAAACAUUAACAAAUAACAUCUUUCGCCAAAGAAAUCAAUGUAGGAUUGGUUGAAAAUAUUUAGAAUGUUAAUGAUUGUGUUUAAGAAGUAAAGAACGAAGAGGAAAGUUCCAGUUAAAAAAUGAUGGAUACAAUUUUUAAAAUUUAAACUAGUUCGCAAAGAAACAAUACAAAAUGAAUGCACAGGCAAAAGUUAUCAUUUUCAAAAUAUUGAACAUCUCUCAAGCUAUCUUAUAGGCUAAGUUUGAAUCUUUUGAGUACAGAGAUCAUUUCUCUAUCUCGGUAUGAAAUGGUUAUUUGAUGUGCAUGGAAUGAUGAAUGUACAGUGUGUAGUAGGUACUCUCCGUAUGUUAGAGCAUACAAAUUAGUGUCUUAAUGUUUAGGAUUGAUACAUUUAGCUUAGAGAUUGUAGUAGUCCAGCGGUUCAGCUUUCGAAUAUUGGUAUUUAUGAGAUAGUUGAAUCUAUACAAUAUGUUCAAGAUACAAAAUACAACUUACUAGUACAAUACAGUAAUUCUAACGUCUUUUGCGAGAACUAUUUUAUAGUAAUCGAAUAUUAUUUCAUUCAUGUAAAUAAUGUAUGAAUGUUAGUAUAUAAAGUAGGACUCGUUGUUGUUCGGAUCUUAGUUUUAUGUCUUUUUAAUUCGAGGGCAAGACUCGGGUGCCUAUGUGUCAAAACUUAUAACCUGUUGUGAAAGACGAUACCUUAUGAGAUGUGGACGAUACUAAAUAUAAUUUUAAUAGAUUUACUAUUUCAGGCUUUUGUUUGUUUUAUUUUGUUAUUAGACUAGGAGUAAAAUAUACAAAUUUUAACUAUGUAUUUGUGUAAGUCGUCAAUUGAGCUAUGUCGUCUGUCUUGAAUACUGGUGUUUCGAUUAUAACUAAUUUAUAUUUAUUCAGACAGAUAAUAUGGCUUUUCGAAUAGCUUAUACAAGCGGUUAUUGGCUGAUGUUAGAGGAUGUAAUCUAGUGUCAGUAUUCACGUUAUCUCAAGUUCGACAUUUUCACGAAGUACGCUUAUUUUAACCUGCGUAUAUAAACCUAUAGAGUGCCUCUUGUUCACUUUUAUAUAUAUUGAUAUAACACUUAGGCGAUACUAGUAGUUGUAGACGUUACUUGGAUAUUUGCACUUUUCAACUUUCCGUUCAUUACUUUUUGGUGAGAAAGCGAGAAGGCCAGAUGGACGUCGAGUAGUGCCAAAAGCAUUAAACUGUUAUGAUAACUAAAUCCAAUACCAUAUCUUUGUUUAUUUCAAACUUUGGAAUGCGCAAAAUAUGACCCGAUCUUUCAAAAAAUUAUAUUUGAAGCACCGCAUCCGAAAUUACCUCUUGCUAAUGCAUAAUUUAAGCUUGAAGCAACUAACUUAAAUACAGAAUAACUAAAUCGACUACACACUGCAUUGAUGUACAUAAAAUUUUAAAGAUGUGCGGAUUUCCUGCAACAGCUUAAGUAUCAAAUGAUACUGAAAUGGUACAAAUAAUGCUACCAUUAAGAUGACAAGAUCAGAAAGUGUUAACACGAUUGUAUGAAAUAUAGAAUUUGUGAUUGCAACGGAAUGUAAAGUACAGCUCGAUAAUGUAAAUAGCAUACAAUCGCGAACGCCGUUCUGAUAAUAAAUGAUUUAAGCGUUCCCUUGGAAACUGUGUCCGGUUUCUAUGCACAGAUGUUAAUAAUCUAUUCUGCUUUGCAGUUAUUAUGUAAUAGGCGAUUUAUAAACGAAAUAAAUACGAUACAACAAAAAGGCAGUAAGAAAUAUCCAGUAUAUGAUUAGGUGAGUAUUACAUACAGUGGCGUGCACGAGGUUCUUGGCCGAGGUAAUAUGGCAUAAAAUAGAAAAACCCUUCUGUUUUAAGAGACAUACAACAAUUUUAGGGUAGGCAGGGCUUUUGUGCAUAUAUGAAGUGCACGCCACUGAUUUCAAACAAAACCUUGUAUAAGGUAGGUUACCUAGACGGAAAGGGGAGAAAAGUUCUGGAAUCUUCAAUGACUACUCGUAAAUAUUGUCAGGAAAGAAGAGUAAGUUAAAACAGAUGCAUUGGGAAGGUUAAUCAAAUUAAAGAAUAAUAGAAAGAAGACCAUCCGUAGCAAAAGACUGACAGCUGACUGUUGUAUGCUAAGCUGGGAUUACACUGGCAUAUGACCGAAGUCCUUUGUUUGAAUAUUAAACACCUAACUCUAUAUAGCCUUCGAUGGGUCGUUUAUACUUUUUGUUUAAUUAAUAAGUGAUAACUAAAUACUACAGCUUUAGUUCGAAGCGUGUCCUGCUCUAGCAACUUAGUGUCACUUAAAAAUAAUCAGCUAAUAGAUAGCUGAUUAUUUUUGCAAAUAAAGCAAUUGGUGUCUAAAAUUUACGUGUAUGUUAUCCUUUAUGAUGUUAUGGGAUUUUUUAAUGUUAUAAAAAACUGUAAAACUUAGUCACCUUUAUGUCUCUAUACUCCGUUAACCUACAGUAUUUAGCAGGCAGUUUUAGAAUAUCAUUACUGUCUGUUUGUACGUAUUCGCACACAUAAACAAUUCCAUUAAUAAAAAGUCCCGGUACAAUGAAUAUUCUACUGUCCUACAUAAAAACAUCGUAUUUUAUGUCGAGUAUAAAUCGUCUUAUUUUGAAUUCACAAAUGGCCUAAUAUAGCGAAUUUUCGGAAGCACGAAUAAAGUAAGGCCUACGCUGUGUCGUCUAACGCCCGAAAUUAAUAAAGUAUCAAGGAAAGAAAUCAAUAUUAGAAGUUAAAGUUGAAGUAUUCGCCUCGACGCCUCUGCGAUUCCAAAGUACUUUAAUGGUGUGAUAUUGAUCCACGAAUUGAUUCAUCGUUCAUCUCAAGAGCGAUGUGCGCUUUGUUUGUAGUAACGGAGUGUUCAAACACGCUACGAAUGUGUGCGUUGUGCGUUGCUAGCUCCCGCGGUUACACAAACAUUUACAGCGUUUUAACAAUAGUCUUUAAAAGUCUACAGCUGAACUAAAGGCCUCUCCCAACGGAAGAGUUUGCUUGAGUUGGCAGAUGGUCUGGUGAUCGCAGUAGAUGAAAGUAGUAGUCAGCAGAAUACGCUACUGCCCGUUUUCUGUUAAAUUUCCUUAGUCGUCUCGUACGACACCUGCGGGUAGAAAUGUGGUUAAUACAGCUGUAUUCUGAUCUGCCUUCACCAUACGUUAUCUACCAAAUAAGCGUGCGUCGCUUAAAGUGCUUAUAGCGAAUUUUUAAUCUGCGACUUUAAGAUUCUGUGUAAGAUAGAUUGUUAAUUUCGGGCGUAUAUUAAUUUUUAUUACAGUUAUCUUUUUAAAUUCUAAUAGUAAAUUUUCUAGUAAGUUAUUAAUAAUAUUAGUGCUAUGAUUGCAUUAUUGAA